CCACGCCGCCGCCCUCUCCGUGACUCCGUCCAUGGGAGAAUACAGCGACGGCGAUGGCUUCCCUUUCGAGGACGCCAGCGACGGCGAUGGCUCCUGCGGCGAGGAAGAGGACGACGACGGAUGCCUAGGCUUAUCCAGAGGUCCCUCCGACGAGGAGGACGAGGACGGCAGCAACGGCGAGGGGAUGUGCGAAGUCCCUUGCUGCUUCGACGACGACGACGACGAGGAAGAUCGACGAUAUCGAGGGCGAGGAGUUAUGCGACGAGGAGGGAAAUGGCGAGGACCUCGUCGACGACCCGUGCGAUGAAGACGACUACGAGGGGGACGUGGAGGCCGAGGAUCUGUGCGAGGACCCCUCCUCCAACGACGGCGAAGAGGGGGAGCGGGAGGUGGUCACCGUCUCCGGCUUCUCUAUCGCUGAUGGUUCCCACAUCUCUGAACCCGUCCUGGAUGAUUCCUCCUCCUCCUCCUACUCCUCCUCCUCCGACGACGACGAGGACGACGUCACCGGCUCCGAGAGGUUCAUGCCGAUCGCGUUGCCGCUGCGACCAACACCAUCACCCUGGACCACCGCCCAUUUUUUGGAAGCAGUUGCAGAGCACACCGACUCCGACGACGACAUUGGUUACGACACCGACGACACCGACUACGACGACGACGAAUACGAGCAACACAGGCUGCCGGCGUCGCGCGCGGCGGUGGAAAGCUUACCGGAGGCGGCACUCGACGAAGAGGAGGCCGCGUGUGGCUGCGCGGUGUGCAAGGAUGUCUUUGCGCCAGGGCAGCGCGUCGUCCGGCUCCCCUGCAAGCACUACUUCCAUGGCGACUGCAUCUGGCCGUGGCUCGCCAUCAGGAGCACUUGCCCCAUGUGCCGGUAUCAGCUCCCCACAGACGAUGCUGAAUCUCGACGGGCACCGCAAUUGGGGGCUCUAGUACCGGUGGCUCGUCACGGUGAAGCACAGCAGAAUAUCCUGCGCAUAACACGACCUUCAGAACCAAACUGCUGCCGUGUUCUUUUUUCUCUCAUGUGCUCUGUUCUGUACCAGUGGUUGAUUGUUCUACCAUUUGGAAGCGGAGACAGAGAUGGAGGCGACGGCAGUGGAGCCAGCAUAGGUGGAGGGGACAUUGAUGUGGCCAGAGGCCACGGCAAUACGUAGAGGAUUCUGUCGUCCGAUGACAGCGUUACUGACCAGCUUAGCGCGUAGUAGACUGCACUGUCAUUCAAUAACAGUCCGUCCAUGACCUCUGUAAAACUCAAUGGGAUGCUCGGCUUCAGCACCCUGGAGAUGGUUGAUCAAAACCUGACUAGUCCUAAUCCGUCUAUUCUUCUCAGUCAGUCUGUAAUCAAAACUAGAGAUGAUGUUGUAGAUGAUGUUCUAGGAGGUGCUUUCCUCAAAAUUCAGGCAAUUGUGAAAUAGCAAAAACGAACAAUUUAUCUAUCUCAUAAUAAUCUGCUA